AUGGAUGCUACUAAGGAGGCCCAGUACAGGGAGAUCCGGCGUGGAAACCUCUACCAGCCUGCUCCUGCAGCAGAGCGAGUUGCCAACGCCGCUAACAGCCGGGCUGCACCUGCUGAUGCUCCUUCUGCUGUUCCCCCUCCUACUGGAGCACGUGUUGAGCCUCCUACUGCAGCAGCAACUGCUUUUGGCUCCUGCCCUUCGGCCCUGCCUCGUUUUGUCCAUGGCAAAACUGACGUUGAGACUUGGCUCUCCAUUGCGGAGGACUUUAUGUCCAUCCACAAUGUGCGUAGCGAGGCUCGCGUGGUCGCUGCGACCCUUGCCCUGGACGACACUGCGAGCAAGUUGGUGUAUGCCAACAAUCGCCACGCAGAGGCUAAUGGCCAUCCUUUUGGCUGGGAGGAGUUCAAAGCUGCCAUGCUGGCGGCAUUCCUGAGUCAGCCCCCGGCGCUCGAGGUGCGUAGCCGCCUGGAGAACAUCCAGCGCGGUGACCAGCCUGUACGCGAGUACGCCAAGGAGUUUGAGAAAACUCUGUCGCUGCUGAAGACUGCUCUUCCUGAGAGUGAGGUCAUCCACCAGUUCUUCAAGGGACUCCCUGAGCACAUCAAGCGUGUGCAUGUUGUGCGUGGGGAGCACCAGUGGAGGACCUACAAGGAGUGCAAGGAGCAGGUCAUUGACACGGAUGUGAAUUUCCGUGCGUACAUGACUCACGCUCGUGCUCAGCAGCAGCCUAGUGCCGAAGGCCCUAGGGGGGGUGGUAACAGGACUCAGGCACACAGGGGCAGUGGCUCUUGGAAGAGGCCCUAUCAGCAGAAGGGGGAAUCCUCUGGGACUCAGUCCAAGAGGGCCCAUGCUGGGCCUGCCAAGGAUCCUCAGGAUGAGGAUAAGCCCCCGGCGGGCUGCCGCAUCUGUGGCAAGCUCGGGCACAAGUCCAAUCACUGCCGUUGGAGGAAGUCCGUCAAGAACUCCGGCAAGCCCAACCAGGGCAAGAAGCCGGAUGGUUCUGGCCCUUCGGGCCCGAAGGAUUUUCCGAAGUCCAACUAG